AUGCGGGAGGCGGAGCUGUUCAUAAAGCCGGAGGACAGCCAAAAGCCGAUCGACACCUCCAAGUGGCCCUUGCUGCUGAAGAACUACUCCAAGCUCCUGGUGCGGACUGGGCACUACACGCCUUUGCCCUUUGGCUGCUCUCCUCUCACCAGACCCCUGGAGGCAUACUUGCUCUAUGGCAUCCUCAACUUGGACAAACCUGUGAACCCCUCCAGUCACGAGGUGGUGUCCUGGAUCAAGCGCAUCAUGAAUUGCGAGAAGACGGGCCACUCUGGCACGCUGGAUCCCAAGGUGUCCGGGUGCCUGCUGGUGUGCCUGAACCGUGCCACGCGCCUCGUCAAGGCCCAGCAGUCCGCGGGCAAGGAGUACAUUGCCGUGGUGCGCUUCCACUCGGACCCCGGAUCUGCUUCCAAGGUGCAGAAGGCCCUGGAUAGCCUCCACGGCGCGACCUUCCAGAGGCCGCCGGUCAUCUCGGCGGUGAAGCGGCAGCUCCGCGUUCGUACCAUCUAUGAGGCCAAGCUCUUGGAGUAUAGCGCCAAACGGCAGAUGGCGGUGGUCUGGUGCUCUUGCGAGGCGGGCACGUACAUCCGUACGCUCUGCGUGCAUUUGGGCUUCAUGCUGGGCGUCGGUGCUCACAUGCAGGAGCUUCGGCGAAACCGCUCCGGCGUGCUGGACGAGCACAAAUACAUGUCAACGAUGCACGACGUGCUGGACGCUAUGUACAUGUACAACAACAUGCGGGAUGAGAAGUACCUGAGAAGAGUUGUGAUGCCUUUGGAGCUGAUCCUGACCAACUUUCCCAGGAUAGUGGUGAAGGACAGCGCGGUAAACGCCAUUUGCUACGGCGCCCAGCUGAUGAUCCCUGGCGUGCUGCGCUUUGAGCAGGGCAUCGAGGUGGGCUCGGAAAUCGUAAUGAUGACCACCAAGGGUGAGGCCAUUGCCUCCGGCAUCGCGCAGAUGACCACCGCCGUGAUGGCCUCCGUGGACCACGGGGUGGUGGCCGUGAUCAAGCGCGUGAUCAUGGAGCGUGACACCUACAACAUGCGCUGGGGCUAUGGCCCUCGGAGCAGCGACAAGAAGAAGCUCAUCCUUGCCGGCAAGCUGACGGAGAAGGGCAAGCCCAACGAGAACACCCCGAAAGCCUGGCUGCUGGGUCAGGGCAGGUGGAGCUACCUCCCGAAGCUCACCUGUGAGGAGGCCCAGGCGGAGAUGGACGAGGCGCUGCAGGCUGUGGCCAAGAAGAAGAAGAAGGCGGCACCGGAGGCCCCUAUGUUUGGGGACUUGGAGGACAAUCCCAAGCAUAAAUAA